CAAGACCAUUCACCUCCUCAACUACACUCAAACUAAACCACGAAACAACCAAUGUCACACUUUCCCAAAGCACAACGUUUCCCAAUUGAAAAACCUUCAGAUGUACCUGGUCCAGGUUUAUAUAAUCCUAAAUUACAUGAUCCCAAUGAUGAUCCUUGGAGAAAAGGUCCAUUAGAAAUCUUUAAAGCUCCUAGAUCUAAACCACACGAUGGAGGUCCUGAUACAUUUGGGCUAUAUAACACUGAAGAACUAGAAGUUCCAAGACCUAGAACAAGAGCAAUUUCAACCAUGGCAACUCCAUCAAAACAUGCCAAUGAAUUAUUAAGAUUAGAAUCUAAAUUAUUUCAAUACGAAUCACAAAUCGAAAGUUUAAACCAAUCAUUAAAGAUAUCAGAAACGACUGUAAAGGAAACUAGAAAAGCAUUAAACCGAUCAGAUCUAGAACAAAAAGAGAUGGAAAACGAAUUAGAAAGAUUAAGGAAACAGAUCUCAGGACUUACAGGAAUUCAAAAGAAAUUAAUCGAUUUAGAAAAUGAAUAUAGGAAAAGUAAAGAGAGAAGAGAAAGUGAGAUUGGAAAGUUGAAGUUUGAAUUAAGAAGUUUAGAAGAUAAAUCUUUGAAGGAACGAAAUGAGUUUCAAAUCGAUUUAGAAAAUGCUAAGAGGUCUAGUGGUGAAGGAUUAGGAAAGGUAAAGGAAAGUUUUGAUAGAUUGAAUCAACAUUAUAUUCAUUAUCUUCCUACUUUACUUCAACAAUUUCGAGAGAUUGAAGAUACAUUGAAAACUGAAAGGAAAUUCAACACAACAGAUUUGAUUAGGGUUAGAAAACGAUUAGGAGAUCGGGUUGCACAGGUUGAUGAGUUGGCAGGAUUAGUAAAUGAACUUGAAUGGAGAGAAGAAGAGUUAGUAGAAGUAGUUGAAAAACUUCUCGAAGUAGAAGAAUCAGCAAGAGAAGAAGCAGAAGAGGAGAGUAGGUCACUUGGGAUGGAAAUUGAUCGAUUAAGAGAUGAACUUCAUCAACUGAAUCAGUUACAUGAAACUCAACUUAAGCUUUGGGAAAAGAUCGAGCUCGAAUCAAAGACGGAACUUCAAUGCGCUCAAGAAACAAUCGUGAUGAAUGAAACUCAAUUAACGGAUAGUCGAUUAACUGCUACUGCUCUCGAAUCUACACUUUCAGAAGUCUUGAAAGCUUAUGAAGAAUUAUCAAAAACGUAUCAGAACACAAACAGUGAAUUGAGUAAGGCAAACGAAGAAAUCAAGACAAAGGAUUUCCAAUUGAACAAAGAAAUGGAUGAUUUACGUGACAUGCAUGCAAAUCUGGUUGAAGAAUGGGGUACUGAACGGAAUCACUUACAAAGUAGAGCUGAAGAAGCUGGGAAAGAGGCUUUGAAGGAAAAAGAAGCCAAGAGGAAAGCUUGUUCGGAAUUAAUGGUUUCAAGACAAGCAGAGGCGGCUGCGAGAGGUGAAUUACAACAGUUGGAAGAUGUUCAACUGAGAUUAGAAGCAGUAGAAAAAGAAAAAUGUCAAUUGAUCAAGAUUAAUGAUUUUCUUUCACGUCAAUCCUCUUUGAAUGCUGAAGAAGCAGAUAAACUGGCUUCAUUAAAUGCUGAACUUGUUAGUCAUCAAAACCCAUCUCAAAGACUUAAAGUCUUGGAUCGAAUUCGAAGAGAAGGAAAAGAAGAAAGAGCCAAUUUAGCACAUCUUCAAAAUGAUCUUUGGGCAGCAAGAGCCGAAAUCGAAAGUUUGAAAGAAGAAUUAUCAUCGUAUCAAUCCAUCAGUCCGAUCCCAACAACUUCAAAAAAGAAACCAUCCUUGGGAUUAAUGCCACCUAAAUCACCGAGUCAACAAUUAGUAGGACUUUCAAGAGUCAGUAGACCAGCUUUAAGUGAAGUCACGAUUCAUAGUAGUCAUCAUUCUCCACCACCGGUUCCUAAAGUUCAAGUACCUAGUUCUAGAAGUGCUAUUAGUUCUUUACCAAUCAAGAUUGCUUCUAGAGUUGGAAUGAAGAAGAAAGUGAUUGAUCAGAGUCAUAGUAAUAGUAAUAAACCUAAUUCUAGUAGGGUAAGAACUACAGGGACUGCGAUUGUAGAAGAACCGGCGGCUGAGAUGAGUUUAGGAGCUAUUAAGAUGCAAGGUAGAAUGACUCUAGAUGAAUUAAGAUGAUCAUUUUGACUUCUUUUGACUUUUUUUUUCUUUUACUUAUUACCUUUGCUGAUUGAAUUAUGAUUGUUUGAUGAUCAUUUCUGGGUGUAUCUUUUGAUUUGUCUGUUUUUCUAUCAAUCUUUUUAGGAAUUGUUGUUAGGAGAGUAGAACUUAUCUUUUGCAUUCUUUUUUUUUCUCAGCUUUGGUUAAAAACUUUUCUUGAAUAAAGUGAUCAAUAAACUUUUGUGGAUUUUUUUUCCCUU